CCCGAACAUUGCCAACCCUUUCAUUCUCUUCUUUCUUCUCCUAUGAAUACACCUCGCACCACCACCAUUUUAGCUCUCUUUUAGCCAACACAAGAAACAGCUCUCGCCUUCCGACUUUCACUCUGCUCCACCCGCCGCCGCCUGCCGACCUUCACUUUCUCUCUCCACCCAGCGCGCCACGCUUAGAUCUCGGAUCUGUGAAGGCUUAGGUCGAGGAGAAAGGAGGCGAGGAAAGGAAAAAAAAUGAUGAUGAUGAGAGCUUCAAGGGGAGUAGACGCUGCUCUCUCCAGCGGCGUCGCUUGCCCCAAACCCCGCAGAGUCGGUGGGUUCUUCAAUUCGCCCUCUGGUUUUGAUGCUGUUCAGUCCAUCAAACCUUCCUGCUAUCUGCAGUUCGGUCAUCAGAUGGAGGCUUGUGACUCGGAAUCUGGAACUGAACUUCUGGACAUCAUCCUUACCAAGGGGGGUUGCAGUUAUGGUGAAGGCAGGGCCAAUUUCCAGACAGAUUCAUCUCUUUCUCCAUUUUUCUCGGGAACACCACCAAGCAGGUCUUCUAAUCCGCUGAUUCAAGAUACCCAAUUUGGGCAUGAUAUUUUUGACCCGAUAACACCAACUCUGGAAGCUAUAGCACCACCACCACCACCAUCAUCUCCACCACCACCACCACUACCCUCUUCCGCCCGUAAGAAUGGCGGGGGAGGGUGUGGUAUGAAAUUUGGGAACAAACCGGCUCCGGUGAGGAUUGAAGGCUUCAAUUGUGGAAGGAACUGCAGCAUCUCUGCCGUAGCCUAGAAGAAAGGUUGCAGAACAAGUUAUAGAUUUUUUGGAGGUGAGAAAUCAAAAGAACCUAAAACUAAACCACUUAGUUUUAGCUUGUGUAUAUAUAGCGAGAUGAGAGUCGUUGACAAUUAUUAUGAGUUUUUCAUUGAAGAGUCAGUGUCUUGAUGUGCAUAUGUAAGAGGUAAUGAUGAGUUGAUGGGAGGUUAAAUGUUUAUCAAACAAUACAACAAUAAUUACCAAAGAGGAGGAAGAAAGGCUGGGGAAAUAUACUACCACUCUUUUUUCUAUUAAACUUUGGUUAUGUUAGGGUAUUUUUUUGUUUUGUUUUUACCACAGGGUAAGACUUGGUUUGGGAGUUUUCUUGAGGGCGAAGACUUGAGGGAGCGCUUCUAUCUUGUAGCAUUGUUACUCUUCAUUACCCUUCACUGUAAUUGUAUUAUGAAGGACAGGAGCCAAUGUUCUUUAUCACUUUUCUGGUGUAGCUAUAUAUAAUAAUGUACUUUCUAUGGAGUAUUUUGUACUGCCAACAGUUGUUAAUAAUUAUCCUGUAUAUAAUCAAUGGAGGCAUGGAGCACGUUGUUCUGAGUUAAUUUGUCCAAUGUUUGGCAAGAAAGCAUUGCAAACGAUUUUCACAAUGACAUACGGAGUACCUUUUCAAGUUUCAACACAUGGACACAUCUUUGUCUGAAAAUUUUCUUGAUGUAGACAACAUUUGAUGGGCUUAGCUAGGUUAUCAACAUCAGACGGGUUAACAAUGGAAAUAGCAAAUGUAAGUCUAUUCACCCCAAAAGCCACACAUUCCAUAUUCCCCCCUUGUAUGCCCCAAUUGCUAAGGGUGGGAAAAUGGGCAUUUUCACCCUUGCUUCCAGCAAAAGAAGCACAGUAGACCUCGCGCAGUCGCGGUGGAGCAAUGAGGCAGAAGGAUGUUUCCAACCCCUAGUAUCAGAGAUGUAGUGAAUAUUUAGAGAGUGAAUAUUUGAGUUUAUCCAUGGUGUAGAGAUGUAGUGUGACACGAUAUAUUAAUAAUAGUUUAAUUCUAUAUUAGAG